UAUCGACAGAGAAAAAAACAAAAGAUUUAAUUUUAAAGUUAUAAUUAAAAUGUUCAAUAAAUGAAAAAACAUGGAAUCACAAAUGGAAAGUAUCUGUCCAAUUUGUAAUCAACAUGCAACAUUAAAAUGUAGCGGUUGCAAACAACAAUUUUAUUGUAAAAAAGAGCAUCAGCGAAUGGAUUGGCCUCGACACAAGUCGACUUGCCAAGCGUGGGAGAUUCGUAAGAACUCCGAACUCGGACGACAUUUAUUGGCGUCAAGGGAUUUGAAUCCAGGUGAUGUGAUCCUGUCUGAAUCACCUUUGGUUUGGGGACCAUCGAUACAUUUGGAUCAAAGACUUUGCGUUGGUUGUGGAAAACAAUGCAAGAGUGCCAAUACAAGAUGCACGAAAUGUCUUUGGCCAGUGUGCGCUGUAAAUUGUUCUGGUCUUACAGAUAAAAAUAGACACGAUUUGGAAUGUUCUUUUCUUAUAAAAGCGAAGAUCAUUCCAAGAUGCGAUGUUCUUUUGAUAAUACGUAUGUUAAUAUUAUGGCGUAAGAAAUCGAAAUAUUGGAAUUCUAUACAAAAAUUACAAAGCCACGAAGAUUCUCGUGGUCCAGGAACGAGCGCAUACGAAGAAACGAUGAAUAUAUAUUACCAUAUUCAACGUCUUUUACCAGAUAAUUCCUCUACCAAGGACAUAGUAAGCAAAAUAUGCGGUUUAAUAGAUGUAAAUGCAUUGGAAACAGUACCACCUGAGGGUUGUGUUGCAAUUUAUGAAACAGCAUGUCUUUUGGAACAUUCUUGUCUGGCUAAUACGAGACACAGUUUUACAAUCGACGAUAAGGGUAGACCUCGAAUCACGGUGAAAGCUGUGUGUUCUAUACAAAAAGGGGACCAUUUAAGUACAAUGUAUACACAUGCACUUUGGGCAACGAGAGCACGAAGAUUUCAUCUUUUAGAGACAAAAUAUUUUUCUUGUCACUGUAAACGAUGUGCCGAUCCAACGGAAUUGGGCACGCAUCUUGGAACAUUAAAGUGCCCCCAAGACAAUGGUUUUAUUUUACCUAAGAAUCCAUUGGACUUUGAUUCAGAAUGGGGAUGCGAUUCGUGUCCUGGAACUCUUACCGCAUCGGAAGUGAUGCAAUUCAUUGGAAAAUUGGAGGAAGAUGUCGAUGACGUUAUGUGUUCAGCGCGAAAGGAUAAAUUGAUUAAUCUUCUAUCACGGCUCUCUACAUUAUUACAUCCUGGACAUCAACUGUGCAUUACUGUUAGUCAUUCAUUGAUUCAACUAAUGCCCGCGGACAAUCCUAAAAAACUUGAAUUAUGUAAACGUAUUAUAGAAACCACUGAAAUAUUGGAUCCUUAUGGUACGAGAUUGGCAUUAUACACUGCAGUCACAUUAAGAGAAUUAUCUACUUGUCCCGGAGAAGAUAGAAAAUAUCUUUUGUCUAAAGCACUAUCGUUAUUGCAAUAUGAGCCGCAGUAUUCGGCCGGCGAAAAGCUACGAAUAUUAAUAGAAUCCGAAUUAUAACAGUUCUAUUAUAUUUAACUUUUAAUAAAAUGGUCUAAUAAUACAAAA